GUUUUCUUGUCUGUAGAUCGGAUAUAUAUUGUAGAUGAAUCAGAUAAAAUGUAUGAAUAUGAAGAUAACCCUUUAUAAUUUGUUUUAAUGCUACUAUUUAAGCUCCUCAUAUGAAUGCAUAUUCUUUAGUAUAUUCUAAUUUAAUUAAGGAAUUGCUUAAAAAUCAUUUAUAAAAUGGAGUAAUAGCACUUGAUAUUGAUUCAGGUAGCGGAUAUUUAUGUGUUGCAAUGUUUUUGAUGAUGAAAUCAUAAUAAUCUAAAGGAAUUGAACUGGAACAUGUUCCAGAGUUAGUUAUUAAAUCUCUUAAUAAUUUAAGCAUGUAAAUGAGAUUUCUAAAGAUAGUUCUUACAAUUAAUUGUUAAAGGAUAAGCAAAUCUAAAUUAUAAAAGGAGAUGGAAGAUUAGGAUAUAAAUAAGAAGAUCCUUAUCAAGUAAUAUAUGUUAGUGCAGCAGCAGAAACUAUACUUAAAAAUUAAUAGAUUAAUUAGAUAAAGGAGGGAGAAUGGUCAUUCCAGUUGGAAAAGGAAAUCAAGUUUUUUAAGUCAUCGAUAAAGAUGAAAAUGGAAACUUAAUAUUUAAAAUAUUUUAGGAAUUAGAUAUGUUCCUUUGACAGAUUUAAAC